GGUGGGCGGGCGCGGCCAUGGCGGGCGGGCGGUACCGGGCUGCGUGACCCGCCCCCCGCUCCGCCGCUCAUCUGCCGGGGGCGGGGCGGGGCCGCGCGGUGCUCCCCGGGGCUCGGCAGCCUCAGCUCCGCUCCCCUCAGCUCCCUUAGCACCCCGCCGCCAUGUCCCCUCUUGCUCCCGCAGCAGCGGCCCGGGGGCUGGUGCUGGCCGCGCUGCUGGUGCUGAGCCCGGCGCCGAGCCCGGCGCAGGCGGCGCGGAGGCCCAACGUGGUGCUCGUCCUCACCGACGACCAGGACGUCUUCCUGGGCGGCAUGACCCCCCUGAAGAAGACCAACGCGCUCAUCGCGCAGAUGGGAGUCACCUUCGUGAACGCGUAUGUUCCCAGUGCACUUUGCUGUCCCAGUCGCGCUAGCAUUUUAACAGGAAAAUACCCUCAUAAUCAUCACGUUGUCAAUAACACUCUGGAAGGAAACUGUAGCAGCAAGUCAUGGCAGAAGAUUCAAGAGCCGUAUACCUUCCCAGCCCUGCUCAAAUCUAUGUGUGGCUAUCAAACGUUCUUCGCUGGAAAGUAUUUGAAUGAGUAUGGAGCAGAGGAUGCAGGGGGAGUUGGCCAUGUCCCUCCUGGAUGGAGUUUUUGGUACGCUUUGGAGAAAAAUUCCAAGUACUACAACUAUACUCUUUCAGUAAAUGGCAAAGCACGAAGGCAUGGUGAAAACUACAGCGUAGAUUAUCUGACAGAUGUACUGGCCAACAUGUCAUUGGACUUCUUGGAGUACAAAUCUAAUUUUGAACCUUUCUUCAUGAUGAUCUCAACCCCAGCACCACACUCACCUUGGACAGCUGCGCCACAGUACAAGAACAGCUUUCAGAACGUCAGUGCGCCAAGAAACAGCAAUUUCAACAUUCACGGAAAGAACAAGCACUGGUUAAUUCGACAAGCAAAGACUCCAAUGACUAACUCUUCAAUACAGUUUCUUGAUGAUGCUUAUAGAAAGAGGUGGCAAACUCUUUUGUCAGUAGAUGACCUGGUGGAGAAACUAGUGAAGAAAUUGGAAUUCCAUGGAGAACUGGAUAACACAUACAUCUUCUAUACAUCAGACAAUGGCUUCCAUACUGGCCAGUUUUCUUUGCCAAUAGACAAACGGCAGCUGUAUGAGUUUGAUAUCAAAGUUCCACUGCUAGUUCGAGGACCAGGGAUAAAACCAAAUCAGACAAAUAAGAUGCUUGUUGCAAAUAUUGAUUUGGGUCCCACUAUUCUGGAUAUUGCAGGCUACGACUUGAAUAAGACCCAGAUGGACGGAAUGUCACUAUUGCCGCUGUUGAGAGGAGACAAAAAUGUGACAUGGAGAUCAGACUUCUUGGUGGAGUACCAAGGAGAAGGAUAUAACGGCAGUGAUCCUACCUGUCCUGGCCUAGGACCUGGUGUCACACACUGCUUCCCAGACUGCGUCUGUGAAGACUCCUAUAACAACACAUACGCUUGUGUAAGGACGAUGUCAACUUCGUGGGAUCUGCAGUACUGCGAGUUUGAUGACCGGGAGGUGUUUGUGGAAGUAUAUAACUUGACUGCAGAUCCACACCAGAUCAACAACAUUGCUAAAACAAUUGAUCAAGAAAUUCUAGAGAAGAUGAACUAUCGAUUAAUGAUGCUGCAGUCCUGUUCAGGAGCAACUUGCCGUACACCUGGAGUCUUUGAUCCUGGGUACAGGUUUGACCCACGGCUUAUGUUCAGCAAUCACGGUGUUCGGGCUCGGAGGUUUUCUGCACAGUCCUUACGAAGCGUUUAAGAGCCUCUUGCAAUCAGCUCCCACUGACCAGUUUCUCCAGUGAUUGCAGCAGGUCUGUCUCUGAAACUCUCACUGAUCGCAGCUGGAAGACUUCUGAUGGGCUAUUCAAACCCUGUUUGGAAGAAAACCCUUGUCUUUAGCUGGUUGCCUUGUGCAAUAUGUAUAUUUUACAGCUGAACUGUAACUCUAAAUCAUUAGACACAGCUAACCUGUCUUGCUCAGAUAUUUGAUUACCACCUUUGUCUUCUAAGUACCUUUUCAUAUCACAGGCACAGAGGUGAAUCUAUGGCCUACGAAUCUGAACAGUUUUUGUUCUAAAAGUCAAUAAAUGCAUAUUUGAAUUGGGUUAGAUAGGCAGGAGCUAUUGCACAGUAAUGCUCACCUAUAUUCAGUGUCACACACUUUCCUGAAGGCUAUGUUUAAUGAUAGGUUUCCUGUGUUGAGCUCAAAGCUGUUAAUGACAAUAGCAACCUAGCCCAAAAUAGCAUAGGGAAGGCAUUAGUCAAAACUGUAGGAUCUGACUAGCAAGUAUCUCUUGCAGUCUAAAAUCAGUAUGCAAAAUAUCCUCUUUCAAUAAGACCACUUUAAAUGAGACCAGUGAAUUUUGUAGAUUUGCUUUGGUAGCUUGCAAACAAGAAUGUAAUUUCAGCCUCCUAGUUUGAAAUGCUGGAAUGGGUUAAUAUGUACUACUGAAAAAACUUAGGGUUUAAUAUAGGUUUCCUAGUGUGUUAAUCAAAACAGAGACUAACAAGUAUUCAAAUAAGUGUGCCUGUGUUUUGAGCUGUUAAAUCUGUUUCAGUACACGGAAAGAAGUAAUACUAAAACACAGAACAGGGCACCACAGUAGAGUUGAUCUCUCUAACCUCCAAAUGUCUUGAAUUGUCUAACAAGUCAUUAGAUUCUUGAAGGUAAAUUAUUUUGAGUGAAAACUAAAAUCACUGUUCACUAGAAGUUAAGGUAAGAGGGCUAUUUUAGGCAGUUCAAGUUCUUUGUAGAGAGAGCUGCUUUUUGGUUGAGACAUAACUACGCAAUCUGCAGUAAGUGGCCUUCACAUCAAAGGAGUGCACAGUAGACAUCUAACUGUAGUGUGUUAUCAUUUGGUUUCCCUUUGGAAGGGUGGUGUUGACUUUUCAACCUUCUGAUUAGGCUUAUCUGAAAUGCAGCUGUCACUUGUACCCAAACUUGAGUAUCUUUCUGAAUCUUGAAAAACACCUGAACUUGAGUUAGUAUAGAACUUCUGUAUAGGUUCAUUAGUAAAACACCUUCUAGAAACAGUGUGUAUUUUGAAACACAAGUUCAAAGUUCGUGUUGCUUGUGUGCAAAUCAACUGUAUUAUCAGGCAAGAUGUCUUUCCCUUGUCAAACAAACUGUGGUGCAACUCUAGUUCUUAGCCAGCUAUUUUAGAUCUUCUAAAGGGAGAGCAUGGUGUUUUCAGUUUCUUCCACACAAAACCUUUUACCAAGGGGGAAAAAAAUGAUCAGGCAACAAGUAUGACAAUAUCAGAACUGUGGAGAUACCCUGAUACAGACCCACAUACAGGACAAAAACAGUGCUACAGUAAAAUCAUACGAGCUUUCCUUGCUUUUGAUUCUGAAGCACAGAAGUUGCCUUUCAUGUAGUUUAGUUGCGAACUUCUGUGAUGGUAAGGUUUUACUCAAGCUUUUAAAAGCCCUAUUUAGAGCUUUUAUUUCAAAUUCAGCUCAUUGUUUCAAAUCUUUAGAGUGACCAAAUAUUUGGAGAAAAAUUACUGGAAAAGGUAGUUUCUCAGCUGAAGCACCUGUAUCAAUGCUGAGAUUUUUCGAUACUCUCAAACUAUUUGCAUGCUUUCAGCUACUCAGGAUGUUUUUUUCCUCCAUUACAAUUGGUAGCUUUAUCCUUUUCUCUCUGUUUCUCAAGCCUUAGUAUCGCCCAUCAGUUUGCUUCAGACUCUGUUUUGUCUUUAAAAACAAAACCAAAGUUUUUCAUGCUCAAGUAUUUUCUUGUAUCCUGAGCUAAACCUAAAGUUCAUUUACAUAGUGUUUUGCUCACAUAAUUCUAGCAAGUUAGACUUGGUCUUUGUUUAAACUUCAUAUUGGUAGCUGUGUGGAGGCUGGUACAAAAUACACUGUUUACGUUAAACCCUCAAUAGCUCUAUCAAAUCGAGGAGAUCGUAUGUAAAGUUUAUACUCCUGUUAAGUUUCAGUGCAAGUAAUGAUUUCAUUAUUAUGCUUCUGAAUGGAAAAAAAAUCUUUAUGGGUAUAAAUACGUAACAUACACUCACUUUUCUUAAAGUGAUCUAAAGCCAUAGUAAGCAAACUUUUCCUUUUGAAAGUUUUACUUUUUGGCUAAUAAAUGACAUGAAAGUUGACAGUAGAAUUGAUAUAGACUAUUCAGCAUGUGUGAUGAGACAAAUUAUUCACAGGUUUAUGCAGAUAGUACAAGUGCUAAUUUAGUUACAGAUAAAGUCGUACCCAGACUCAAUAACUUACCUUCUGCACUCAGAACCACACUAUACCUGAAAUCUGUUGUAGGUAAUAUGUCAUACUAUAAACUCAAUUUUAGAAUGAAAUUCUUCCUUUCUUAACCAAAAAGAAGAGAAUUAGCUAUUCAAGAAAGUAACUUCACUCUCACUUUUGAUAGAGGCUUAAGAACAUACAAUGAAUUGAAGGAAGAACAGGAACCAACAUCUGCCUGGCUUCCGUUACUUUUGGAGGAGUUUGUUGUGACUUGUCUGGUGUUUAUUUCCAGGAAUUAUUAAUUCUAAGUAUUUUAACAGUCCUGAAUGAACAGUAUUAAUUCUUAACCCUGACAAUUAAAAAAAUAUAUAUCAUGAAGGAAUUUUAACUUGCAGCCAGAUCUAAUUCCCAACCAAAUGGAUUUAAAGCUAAAUGGUCUUCCUGGAUAUUCAAUUUCAUAUGCUAUUUGAUCGUAGCUGUGUCUGUACCUUGUUACUGAAGGCAUUUGUGUUAAAUGAAGGGGCCUUACCAGUGCAGAGCUGUGUUUAAGUAAAAUGUGAUUUAUUUUUUUUAUAAGUCAUUAUUCUCAAAAGCAGAGCUGUGAACUUCAAUGAUCUGAUGCGGUAAAGCAGAUACUAUGCAGGGAGAAAUACAAUCAAUAACUUUGACAUUACCCUGAAACAAGAAACGCAUUCUGUAUCAUCACUUCAGCAUAAAUCAAUACAGCUAGUACGUGUUUACCCAGCAUAGGCUCAGUAAAUUGGACUUCUGUUUGGGGAAUAAAGCUGUAAUGUGGACAUGCAUGGAAACACACAAAACAGGUGCAAUACCUCUUCAAGCAAUCAACUUAAGUUUGAGACUGAUUAUACAUUUCCUCAUAAUGAAACAACUGUCAGUUUUGUUAUGAUUCAAUUAAAGUGAAUCUUAUUCGUAUUCCUUUUCUCUGUAUGUGAGCAUACUUUGCUGUAGCAUGUUGUGAGCAUACUUAGUUUCUGCUGUUUGAACGUUUGUUUAGAAAGUGCCCUUCCAGAGGACCCUGUUCACUGCUGCACUUUUGGGAAAAGAAAAAAUAAACUGCCUAUCAAACUUC